CGCACAACAACAAGUCGCGGCACACGCAGCGAGUUUUACGCCCUGGGCCGUGAUUUUCAAGCUUGCCGGCUCGUAUGAAAAUGGUCAAUUGAUUGUCCGACAACGAUUGCUCGAUGAUGGGAGGUGUCGGAACGAUUAAUCAAAGCGACGCCGCUUCCGCCGCCAGCACCGCACUGCAAGUUCAAUCAGCCUGCUUCGUCCGCGCUGACUACACGCAUCGAAGCUCCCAGAUGCAGCGGCUGAUCGUUGCGUCGUGCAGUGCGCCGGCGACGAGGAGGAGGCUGGCUGGCUAGGCUCCCACUCCUUUUGUCGGCUGGGCGCAUCGACUCUCGUGCGCGCAACUCGGACGGGCGGGCGGGCGGCGGUGGCGGUCGCUCGAUCAGCUGAUCGCGUGCUAGUAGAAGAGCCGGCUUGUCGGCAGUACGCACCUGUGAGCGAGCGAGAGAGCAGCGGCAACGGCAGCGGCAGCGGCAGCGGCAGCAGCAGCAACAGCAGCAGCAACAGCAGCAGAGCCAGAGUAGCCCAGGUCAGGCGUCGAUAUUGCGCGGGCGCGAGGCAUAGCGCGCGGCCCGCCGGACUAGUUGUUGUUGACCGUGCUGGUAUAGUGUAGCCCGAGUCGCCAGCCAGUAAGUGACGACGAUGUGUCGCUGCGACGUUUAUUAGUGCCGUCGUUGCUGUUGUUCGCCCGAGAACGGACAAGAAGCAAAGUGUUGUGCCGGUGCUGGUGACUGGUGUCGGUAGUGGUGGCGGUAGUGAAGACAUGAGCGCAAGGGAGGUGGCCUUGGUGGGCGGCUCGCCUUGGGGCUUCCGUAUGGUUGGCGGCUGCGAUCAGAAUCAGCCAUUGCGCAUCUCGAGGAGGGACAAGGUGCCGUCACCCGGGCGCAUCGAUAACGGCGGGUUGCUGCUCCACUCGUCCUGGGACGACGAGUGCAGCGACGACACCGACUCCGCCAGCAUGGUUCACAUGAGCUACGCGCAAUGGGCGUGCUUGCCCAGUACCUACCGCAACAAGGUGAAUCCAGGCAGCAAAGCAGCCCAGCAGGGAGUGAGAGAGGGCGACUUGAUUAGCAGUAUAAACGGCAAGAGUACGCGCGAAUUGACGAACGUCGAAGCUCACGGGAUCCUGCGCAACGCCGGCGACAGCCUCAAAUUGGGACUGAAUCAGGAAAACGGAUCGCCGAAGAGACGAAUCUACAAGAGCAGCCUUCAGGAAAAUACUUCAAUCGAAACGAUAAAAAAAGUAACGACGACAAAAACGACGACAACGAGCAUAAUCUCGACGGAAGCGAAGAAAAACGGAACCGAAAUAGGUAUUCAAGCCCGUUCCAUUGUGGUCAAAGCGCUAUUCGCCACACCCACUCAUCGGCAAGAAUUCUCGACCUUCCUCCCAAUAACCUAUCGUCACGACUCAUGCGUAUACGUUUCCCCCAAAUGGGCUCGUCGUACAAUUAGCUGGAAUCAUCGCAAUCCUUAAUCGGUCUCGAAUUAAAGCCAACAACAAGACUAUCUUACUUGGAGCAAAGUAAAAAAAGCAAAAGAGAGCGGGGAGGGGGAAGGGACAAAGAGAGAACUGGAGGAAGAGAAACAAUUGGAUUGACAUCCGGGCAGAAAAAGUGAGUCGACCGUUAAAGAAUCAAGCGCUUCGCUCUCCCACUUUCCCCCCGCACCUGCCGCCCACGUGUAGGCUUGCAUGGCGGCACACCCUAGCCAGCCACUUAAGAGCCAUCGCUUUCCUUUCUUCUCUCUCUCUCUCUCUCUCUUUCUCUCUCUUGAGAGUGAGAGAGGGAGUCGUAUACUACAAAGGAGUUCAAGCUCGCGCGCUCUCUCCCCCUUUUGUCAGUUCGCAACGGCGC